AUGUUCGUCAUGAGGCCCAGGUUGUGCCAGGCCCUGCUGGCCGCGUCUGCGAUUGUCAUGGGCUUGGUGUACCUAGGAUCCAGACUAUUUAUAUAUUAUCACCGCUGGAAUGACGACCUAGGGAUGUCUGUCUUCAAUGGCAAGCUACCCAUUAUUCCGCAAUACAAUCGAUUCGCCGACUCGUCGAAUUUCGCAGAAGCUGAGAUAUCGGUCCUGGCGAAUGUGUCGGCAGUCAAUAUUCCGAGCGAACCCUCUUCAACGUCCACGGCAGUGGCUACCUUAUCUAAGGGCAAAAUCCAAGAGUUCGAUCCAGCGUGGAAUAACAAGAGCACAUGGUCGAAACAGCAAACACCGACAUCCCAUAUGCUGCGCGAACAAGUCGAUAAAUAUAUUCAUUCUAUAUUGGAUUUCAGAGACAACUGGCCCUUUGAGCGCGUUUCAUGCCCUGGGGAUAUUGGGGAUAGGUAUCAGAACCUGCGGGAUACAGAAGAUAGCAACCAAGUGCGGUACUUCUUUGCGCUCAACCUGUAUGGAGCCGUUGAUGCUCUUCCGCGAUUGAUGAGCAGUAUUCUCGAGACGGUGAAACAUCUAGGUCCGAGUCACUGCGCGAUUUCGAUCGUCGAUGAUGGGUCCGAGGAUGGCACGUGGGAGGUUCUCGAGGCGUUAACGCCAUGGCUAGAUGACCUAGGUGUGCAGUAUUUUCUCACCACCAGUGGUCAAUCAUCAUCAUUGGAUAACGGUGGCCAGAAAUCCCUUGCUGAUCUCCGCAAUCAAGUACUGCGGCCGCUGAAAGCUAAAGGGGUGGAACCUCGUGCACUAGCAAGCGCGUACUCACCAGACGCCGUCGUCAUUUUUCUGGAUAAUGUUGUCGUGUGUCCCGAGGAUAUCCUGGAAUUAGUAUUCCAGCAUGUAAACCAAGGUGCUCAGAUGACUUGUGCAUUCGAUUGGAUUUUGGAUGGGUCUGUCUUCUACGAUGUCUGGGAAUCCCGGUCGCUGACUGGUAACACAUUCUUUGAAAUUGCGCUUGCGUCCAAUGGCACGUUGAUCAGAAGCGAUGAUAUGUUUUUCGACGACCAAGACAGCAAGCGGCGAUAUGACAUGUUCCAGCCUUUACAGGUGUACUCAUGCUGGGGCGGUAUGGCGACAUUGAACGCUGUGUCAUUUGCGGAAGACACUAUUCGUUUCCGUCCUGCUGAGCAAAGUGACGCGGACUGCUAUACCGGCGAACCCAUGCUACUUGCCAAGGACCUUUUUAACCAAGACCUUGGCAAAAUCCUUGCCGUGCCAUCAGUUAAUGUGGCGUAUUCCGAUAACGAAGCGACCAAGACGAAGCAGACCCGAGGCUAUGUCCGGGAUCGUGUCAACGCCUCCAAGCCGACCUUAGAUGAAGAAGAGAUGGUCCAGUGGCAACAGGCGCCACCUGACAUGAUCAAGUGCCUUGCGCAAUCAGAUCAAUUGGCCUGGACUGAGUGGACUCAAUCUACUUGA